AGGGUGAUCCUGAUUUGCCGUGUAACAACAAGUAGCUAUUCUUGGAAGGCACAACAUCGACAACUACAUGAUAAAGAUUGCUCAGCCGUGAGGACCAUAUUGUGCAUGAAUAGACGAUGAUUGAGGCUGUAUUGUCCUUCCUUCAGUCAUGAUUAAAACAUCUGUGAUGAGCGUGAAGAGUUUUAUGCUGUCCUUGUCAAGGUCCAGCCAAGAAAGGGGGGACAACCAAACCGAGAUGAACUGCAGAUUCUGAUUUCAAGAGCAGGCGUGUUUAUCCUCCGGUUUGAAAUCUUCAGAAAUGAUCUGCUGGUGUUUGUCUUCCACUCCUCCUCAACUUCAAAUUAGUUGAUGAGUAAUUACAAGAGGCUUGGAUCUUAAUCAUCGCAAGGGAUUGUUACCAGGGACAUAGCAACGCUUGGUAACCAUGGAGGAACUUGAGAGAGAAGAUAGCAAAGAGAAAAUGAUGAUUCCAAAUGGGAGACAUAUUAAUGAAGGAGAUGGAGCAGGAAGCAAAGAAACUAAAAUAAAUGAGAAUAAGUUUGGUAAUCAUGGUGAGGGUAAGGUUGGAGAGUCGCUGUCAUUGAGUAAAGCUGUUUUGGAACCUAAGCAACGCCCUCGCUUGAUGAGCUUUGAGGAGGCGGUUGCCGGGGAAACCAUGGCACGCUGCCUGGCAGAUUUAACGCAUCGCAACAAGCACCAAGCAAUUAUUAACAGAGGCCAUCAGACACCUCAGCAGUAUGGACGCUCGUUCAGUUACACCAGCAAUGCUUCGCGAUUCAGUAAUGCUCAUCUUCAACAACGAGGGCGUCCUAGCGCACCAAACCUCGGGUCCGGACGGAGGAUGCUGACUCUUACUCCUACAUUAGAACGCUCAAGCAAUUCUCAGGAGUUUGUGCAAGAAAAGAGAAUAUUCCGUCAGAUUAGUGAGCCAGCGAUGCUUUCAUGUUUUGUAGAUGAUAAUGGUACUCAGAAUCUCAAUCGCAGUCGUAGCAAUAAUACCGGAUUUACCACUGACGUCCAGAACGCUGCAGUUGGUGGAAGCUGUAAUGCUAUUAAUCGGCAAAGGCAUUCAAGCCCUCACCCAAAUAGAAGACUUGCCUCAUCACGUUGUAUGUCAUACAGUGAGCAAGUAAACUCUAUAAAUGACAACGUGCAUGGCACAAAUAGUCUGAACCAUGCGCAAUCAGAACCAAAGCUAGGGGACCCACCCCGAUUGAUCGUCGUUGAUAUACCGCUGGAAUCGGAAGAGUCGGGUUCAACGCGAAGAGCGAUGCAGGGUGAUAAUUCCAACCUGACUGAAAUGAAUCUCACAACACCAGAUGGUAUGGCCCUUAAUGAGAACUGCUCUCAGUUAAUUGCAGGAACAGACUUGAAGGUCAGGAGGGGGCACACCAUCCAUGUCAACUCAUCAACUAACAAUCCUGAAAUAGAAGAUAUCUGGACCAGGCGCGAGGAUUUCGUUCCCCCAAACGGCGCUAUUCCAAGCAAAGUACUAGAUUCUCAUUCGCUGAAAACCAAGUGCAAUUUGGAGAGGGGGAAAGUACAGGUGGCACAGCAGGGUGCCCUCUCGCAAGAAGACAGACUGGAUAAUGCACCCCCAGGAGGGAGAAUGGUAUCAUCUAGGGAUAAUUUGAUUUGUACUACAGAGAGUGGAAUGAAUGGAAUGUACCAUGAUGAAGAGGAGGGGGGUGAGAUUGGGGUAUUUGAGGCCAUGGAGCAUACAACUGAUAGUGAGACAUGCGAUAGCUCUUCAGUGGAUAGCAGAAAUGAUGUGAUGAGCAUAGAAAGAGCACCGUACACCAUGCGUGGGACCAAUGCCGAGUGCAGGAGUGCUCCUUUACUCCGAAAACAAGUCAGUUUUGAUCUUUCCCUCACCUUCUUCGAUGACGACAUCGUCAAUGGCCGUCCGGGUCAAUCCCCGGACUCCGUUGGGAAGUCGUCACCUUGGUUCAAGCGACUUCGCCGUCCUACACGGACUCGCAGCGAGGGACGAGUUGAUGCAUGUUCCUUGGAUGAUGUUUUUGAAGAGCCGGAAGAGCAGCGACCAAAAUCAGGCACGUUGCCUCGGAAUAUUGGAUCUAGUCUUUUCAAAGAUGAUACUGAUAUUGAUGUCCCUCAAACGACAUUCAACGGUGGGAAACCAAAAUCUAGUACACUACCUGCCUCUUACCGUGCAUUACCUCAAAACAAAUCUAGCAUCUUGCAGCCAGAUUUCUUCAUCCGCAAAAAUGAAAAAUACCCAAAGCCUCGUAAGAAGGACCAUGGCAAAGUGAAAAUACCAAAGCAACGUUCUCAUUCAGAAAUUAACCCAUACAGCUGUGACAAAAGGGAGAAACGCUCCUCUGUUAUUGCGGAGGAGGAUGAUAUUAGCGCCCUCACAGCGCCAACCAGUAAGAAACCGUUUUCGGGAUUGCGUCGGAUGCUGUCACGGGAGUCGAUACAGAACAAGCAAGGGAAAGUGUUGCGGAGAAGAAGCAAGAGUGAGUCAUGUAUGCUACUUCCUAUGGGUAACUGUAAGGUGUGUGAUUUAAAGGUUGAGAGAGGAGAUGAGGUUGCCAUGCCAACAGAAGACAUCAUUCACAAGAGAUGCUUCAAAUGUGCCAAGUAAGUCUCUUUUUUAACCUGUUGACUACUGAAAAAUUCUGUAAUUCCCAUAGGUUUUGUAAGGGACCACCCGGUUCCAGUAGGAAAUGGGUUAAUGUCCACAUGAAACUUUAUUUUGUGACCUUCAAAUCGUUUGCAUUGUCCUCCUUUUAAGCCAAUGUUCUUGACAUCAAAGAGUGGGGAAAAUGAAUAAAAAGAAUUAAAUAUUUGUGUCUUUGUUUUCCUAAUGAGAAAAUUAAAAUAGCAAACUUGUUUUUUCUCUUUUCUAAGUCAUAUUCUCUACUUUAAAAUAAACACUCUGGAAAAGUUCCUAGUGAAAAAUGUAUUUAGCUC